AUGAACUGGACCGCUGAAGAAGCACCAGCUGAUGAUGCUCAAGAAGUGUGGGCUCCUGCCGUUGGCCACCCUGCUUUGCAGUAUUCGUCCAUCGUCGACAUAUUUGGUUCCUCCUGCAGCCUCCAACCCCCUAAGAAGCUGUUCCAGGAAAGAAAGAAGGAGUUUGAAGAUGCAUAUGAUGCCCAAUUCAUGAAACAGAAGAUGCACAGGUACCCUCCAAGCAUUCGAGCUCUCGAUGAUGAUGGUCUGUAUACCGUCCCGAGGGUGGUGGCCAUCGGCCCUUACCACCAUUAUGGCGGAGGCCAUAUGAAGCAGGCAGAGCAGGUGAAGCAUGCGGCUGCCUGCCACUGCAUCACGGAAUCCGGCGGCUCGGUCGAGGAGAUGUACGGCGCCGUCAUCUCGGCCGCGAAUGACAGCGAUGCCCGCGUCCUCUACCACAAGGACAUGAUGGCAGGUCUCGGCGACGACGACUGCUUCCUACCCAUGAUGUUCUUUGACGCCUGCUUCUUGGUGGUGGACGCCGUCAUGAACAUGUGCACGGCCGAGCCCUUGGAGAGAAUGAAGAUGUUCAUUGCCAGCUACUCUAGCGGAGGGCAGCAGCAACUGGUUGACUACAACUACUAUGCUGCGGCCGCACAGCACCAUGAUCCAGAUCCUAUGGAGACCUAUAUGAAUAGCCCUGAGAAGCUGUUCCAGGAAAGACAGAAGGAGUUCAUGGAUGAUGCCAAAUUGAUGAAAACGAAGAUGCAUAGGUACCCUCCAAGCAUUCAAGCUCUCGGCAAAUGGUGUACUGUGCCCAAGGUCGUGGCCAUCGGCCCUUACUACCACCCCGAAGGCCACCUCCAGAAGGCGGAGAAGAUGAAGCAUGUGGCUGCGCAGUACUGCAUCCAGGAGUACAAAAAGGUCAACAAGGACAAUCCCGGCCUCUCGGUCCGGGACAUGUAUGACAAGGUGGUCUCCGUCGCCGCGAAAAUCGAUGCUCGCGGCCUCUACGACAAGGACGCGAUGGCAGGUUUCGGCUAUGAGGACGACUUCCUACCUAUGAUGUUCUAUGACGCCUGCUUCUUGGUGAUAUACAUGCUUUUGACGUCGGGCACGAAGUUCGACCAGGACCUGUGCGAUUUCUUCGAGUCCAACGACAAUGACAUCGCUCAUGACAUCAUGCUGCUUGAGAACCAGAUCCCCUUGCAGGUGGUGGACGCCGUCAUGAAAAUGUGCACGCCCAAGCCCUUUCAGGAAAUGGCGACGUUCAUUGCUAUGUGGCGAGAUGGCUUUCCGCAUGGCCGGUCUGCCACUGUAUUGCCUGUUGUUUGGGACCAAGACUACUACAAUAAAGCACCGCAUCUCCUUGGCCUCCUCCGAUUCUACGCUGUAGGAAAAAGAAGCAGGAAUCCCAAGGUGACACGUUCAGAUAUAGAGAAAAUGAAAUCAAUAUCAUUUUCAGCCGGUGCCAUCGAGCUUGCCGAAAUGGGCAUCUUCCUCACAGCCAACGAAUCAACGGAGCUCCCAGACAUGGGCAUCGACAGGAAGUGGAUCAUCUUCGCCGAGCUCUCCAUGGCGCCGCUGUCUCUCAACGAUGCACGUGCAAGCUGGCUCGUCAACAUGGCGGCUCUCGAGCUAUGCACGACUCCAGAUUUUUCUGAUGACAAGGCGGAAUUUGAAGACUCUGCUGUCUGCUCGUACCUCCUCCUCCUGUGCAUGUUGAUGCAUCGGGAGGAGGACGUGCAUGAGCUGCGAACCAAGGGUAUCCUGCGAGGAGGAGCAGGGCUCAACAACAAGAAGACACUCAACUUCUUCACCAGCCUGCAGAGCCUGCGCACAGGAAGCUGCUAUGCCCUCGUCAUGAUAGAGAUCGAGAAUUACAGGAACAAGAGGCCGUGGAUCAAGGUGUACGCGUUUCUUUACAACAACUGGAAGUACAUCGUCGCGGUUGUCUCCGCCUUUGGUGGAUUUAUCGGUAUCAUAACGGCGCUCAUGAGACUCAAGGGCGCCCAUUGA